GGAAAAGCCACUCCGUUGUUAGCGUCCGGGCCCUGCAUUUCUCUCCAGUAGCUGCUGCUGCCUCCGCCAGACUGGACGCUCUCCAUCCUCCUUUUCUAACACCUACCUCAAAACUGCUGGAGGCUGCGGGGCUCCCUCCCUGAGAGUGGGAGGAGGAGGAGGCAGCGGCGGAUUGGUUUGCAAAAGGCAACGCAGUGUAGUUGCAAAAGGGGUCUGACUCCGGAAUAAGACCCCCUCCCACCACGUGUAAACGCACCCAGGCGCACACUACUCUCCCCGUUUGUUUGCCUAGGGCUGUCCGGCUGGCAGGGCCAGCGAACGACGCGGAAGAUGCACACGACCCAGAAGGACACCACUUACACCAAGAUCUUUGUCGGGGGCCUGCCUUAUCAUACCACCGACUCCAGCCUGCGCAAGUACUUCGAGGUGUUCGGGGAGAUCGAGGAAGCCGUGGUCAUCACCGACCGGCAGACCGGCAAGUCCCGGGGAUACGGAUUUGUCACCAUGGCUGAUAGAGCAGCUGCUGAAAGGGCUUGCAAAGAUCCCAAUCCUAUCAUUGAUGGCAGGAAGGCCAAUGUGAACCUGGCAUACCUGGGAGCAAAACCAAGGAUAAUGCAACCAGGUUUUGCCUUUGGUGUUCAGCAUCUUCAUCCAGCUCUCAUACAGAGGCCUUUUGGGGAUCGUUUACAGUUAAGAUAACUGAUCAGAAGGAUAUGAUGAUAAGAGGUGGAAUAGUUCUGUUUGGAAUUAAACACUGUAACCAGUAGACUCAAACACAAACAAGCUAAAAUGGUGAUUAACGAUGCAUGUAUGUUUUUUCAUAUAGUCAAUAGACCUCCGUGUGCUUUUUUUUUUAUUAUUUUUUACAGAAAUGAAGUGGUGUUGAUAGCUAAACUGUGUGCUUUUAUUUAAUUGAAAGAGCUGUAGUGAAAGUUUUUGGGGGUCUCUUAAUUUUGUUUUUGUUGUUGAGGAGUGUUGACUUUGCCAUGGGGAGCAAAGGGACUUUUUUUUUUUUUCUUGCUUUCAAGCUGUAGCCUGUGACUUUUUUUUUUUAACCAUAUUCGUAUUUUGUAUUGAGUGCUAAAUUGUGUGACAUCUUGAUUUUUUUUUAAUAAAGAAAAUCAACCUAUUGCUUGCAUGUUUAUAGUUCUUGGUUUUGUUCCUUGAGAGGGGUAUGAAGGGGUGUGGAGCUCUUUUGAUUAACACUGUGCUUCCACUUGGGCUUUCUAAUUCCAGUCUUUAACUUCUCCAUCAGACUUCAAUAUGUAGUGCAUUUCCUUUUAAAAAAAAUAAAUAAAUAAAAAAAAAAUACAAGUAUACUAUUCCUAAGUAUUUCUAACACUUGCUUUUUAUAGAUGUAAAAUUAGGAGGUGAAGUCUGCUUAAAUUUUCUGUCCUGUACACCUCACUAAUUCACACUGACUAGGUCACUGCAAAAUAAUAAAUUUUGAUAAUUUAAUAAAUAAGCUAACAAAGCAGGAGAAUGCAUCAAAGGAUGUACUUUGUUCAAUUACUUGACAAGUGUAGAUUUAAGAUCUACUGUACCUUGGUGUUAUGAAAUGGCAGUAGCUGCUCCAUAGUUAAAGUUGAAGCUAGCUUUCCAUUAGAAGUUGAUCGUUUUCCUUUUGGAAAAGUUGUGGGGAUGGGAAAUCAGUCUUCCAGAAACUUCACAUACAACUUCUUAUCUCACAGUAGAGUGCUUUAGUGGUUUUCUGGGAAGCAUGGUAAUAAUCAGGAAACUAGUUUUGAAAAUGUACCUGAAGCUCAAUUAUGAUAUAUAUAUUUUUGCUUCUUAUAAUAUUCCCAGAUAUGUCUUACUUCCCUUCAACAAAGCCAGCAUCUCUUAAUAUUCUUGGAGAAAUGGUGGGGAAACUGAAAAGAAUAUAUGAUAAUCUGAUGCUCACACUAAGGGAGGGGUUACCUAGAAGGGCAUAAAAGCAGGGUUACAAAGAGGAGCUGGUGGAAUGAGAAGGGAGCAGUUGUGAGGAAAAGAGGAAGUACUUGCCUAGCAUAGCAAGAAAGGAGGAACUGGGACUAUAUACUGCUUAAGGGACUUAAUAAAAAUGGAUUCUCUUCUCCAAUCCAUCAGCCUUUUCUGGUUCUAACACACUGUAUAUCAAUCUGAAUUAGAGGCAUAUUUUGCAAAGAGGGGUGGUAUGUGCUUUAAACUGGCAGAAUCCAGUAUUCAUUUUUAUCCUUGUUCCCUGUACCUUUUCUGUUACCUCCAGUUACAAGAGAUUAUACAAUCUAACUUCAUGUUCAAGGGAUGCACUUCCAAUAAUCUCCCACUAAACUCUUAUUUUGAUCUAUGCAUAUAUUUUAGGGGAUAAAGGCUAGGGAGAGCAGUGAAAACUGAGUGGAGUAAUAGACAGUGAUGACUGUAUGAGAAAGGGGAACAGGCUGGGUUGUGUAAGGGCUCAUUUUUCAGACAUUUUAAUGUUUGGGUUUGCUAAAAAGGACAGAAUUUUUCUGUAAAGAGUAAUAUUUUGAGGUGAUAGCUGGGCUCCAUUGAAACAUACUUUGAGUUUUAAUUUUUUUUCUGUGAAUACUAGUAAGUGUACUUCCAUAUGCUAUGUAAAAUUAAGUAAUAUGGAACCUCAGAACUGUGCUCUGCGAGUAAAAGGGGAGAGAGUGCCAUUUCUGCAUGUGAAUUAAUUAGCAAAGUGCAAAUUAGUGAGGUUCUACUUUGCUCUUGUCAGCAGUGCUCUGUCAGAGUUCUACCUUUCAGACAAAAUGCAGUUACUUUCAGCAUCACAUUACAUCAGAUUUAGUGGGAGAAUAUACUUAGUUCUGAGUACGGUACCCGCCCCCCCCCCGGCUUUACUCUAGCUAAGAGAAGCAACGUUAGUUCCUGUUCAUAAAAUACUUGUAGUUCUGGUUUAUUUUUUCUAUGCUAUAGCGAUUAAUUCUCUCACCCAAGUAACGUUUCCUGAUCUCACCUCCUCUUUACAUCCAGAAUCUCAUUUACUAUAUGUGUGAGACCUGGCAUGCUGAAUCUGACCACAAUCAUAGAAAUGUAGGUCAGGAAGGGACCUUGAAGAGUUCAGUGUUGGUUACUUAUCCCACUGUGACUCAUAAAAGUAUAGCUGUAUACUGAAACACCAAAUGCUGCUAUUGAAUUCAUUUUGAAUUAAUGCGGUUUUUUUAAAGAUCUUUAUUUUGUUCCAUUGAGGUAGCUUCUUUUCCUUUGCAUGCAUAAUUACCACUUAACAUCAGUGGAAAAUUACAUGCAUGAAGGGAGAGGUGGACGUAGGAUGUGAAUAGUUAGAUCUUUUUCCCUGUUCGUCUAAGGACUGAUCCUGAAGUAAAUGAAAAAGUUCCCACCAACUUCAAUGACAGCCGAAUUAAGUCCCAAGAGGACAAGCUGGCCAACGAAUGGUUAGCUGAUAUCAAACACUUGCUAAGUCACUUCUAAGUUUUACAAAAUCCUAAUAAUUGAUUAUAAGGGAUGGAGGGAAGAGUUCUGACCACAGUUGAUAAUUAAAAGAUCUGUGUAACGUCAGGCAGCUGAUAAUUUUGAAACAGUUGUGGCAUGAAACUGCCAUGGUCAAAGAAAACCGAAUGUAUAUAUUUUUCAAUAUACUGCAGAAGGCAUUGAGCUCAAACUUAACCCCCAAAACAUGCUUGAUUUUUUUGUUUGUUUUUUUUUGUUUAGUGUGCAUAACUCUCUUGUUCUGGUAUAAGAAGGCUGUUCAAUAUUGAACUUUUGAAUUAAAUCUGCUAGUUAAUUGUACUUACAAAGAACAGAUGAAGCAAUGCAAGAUCCAGAAUAGAAGGAACAGGUCUCAUGCACAGUCCAGUAACUACUUGUUCAAGAAUUCAAUGGUAUCACAAUUGUUCUGUCCAUUAAUACUGAAUUCCUAUGUAUUGCAGCUAUUCCAGAUCAGCCUAGGCUACCUUUUUGUUUCAGUUGUAUUUUGUAUGCAUAUCACUUACAAUAAUAUAUUUGGCAGUUUACUGUUACUUAUACAGCUACUAUAGUAUUAAACCUAAUUAACGUUCUAACUUUGCAAAAGUAUUCUUACAGCUUAGGUUAAUGAAAAUCUUAAGUCUGAUGGCAAGAGCACUUGUAUGCACCAAAAUUACUUGGUGCUAAACAUUGCCUUUUUUCUUUCUUUAAGGGAGUAGCUUUACUACAAAAUGGAAAAAAAGUUCCUUGCCAUAAGACCGUUGUAUAAUUAAAAUAUUGUCCCAAUAUAAUAUUGUCUGUUAUAAAGUAGUACUCUUUAUAAAAACCUGAGUGUUUUAUUAAGGUGUCACAGCACAAUGGGAAACUGAGGUCAAAAGAUUAAAGAGCAGUGUUUCAGUGUCAUUGAGAUGUAUGCAUGCUUGCCUUUGCAGUAGAUAGACGUUUACUUUGGCCUUAUAAAGUCAUUUUACUCUGCUUGAAACCCUUGUCUCAUGAUAGAUGGAUCAAAAAUAGCCCCACUGCAGCUUAUACUGUCAAUCACCAUAUCUGAAACGGCAUGAUGGUGGGGGGCCUGCACAGGGUUCAUGUAUAAUGCAGACUAAAAUGCUGUUGUAAAGGGAUAGUUUCGUAAUUCACCACCUGUUUUGUUUCUUGGCUUAAAGGAAACAAGUCACAAGGGUUUAAGUGGGAGCAUGUGUAUCUUUCAGUCUAGUUUUUAAAAAGAAGUUAAGUACAUGUACAAGUGUUCUAAGAAAUCCUCGGUAACGUCAUUUGUGUUCGCACAGAGAAAGAUCUAGAAAUGUAGUAUGUAUUACUGUCUUCUCACUGUUUAAAGUAAUAUUUAAGUCAUAACUACUGCUGCUCAUUCACUUCUACGUGGAUGUUAAACUGACUGUUGGAUGUUAAGUUUUUAUAAUUUAAAAAGCCAAUCAGAUUUAAUGCUUUGGCUUUUUUAUCUUGGGAUGAAUUUAGUUGACAGUGUCCCAUUUAAUUGAACUGUUGACAACUGGAAGUAAAACUGUUAUUUUAUUUUCAAAAAAACUGUCUGGCUCUUAAAGCUGGAGGAAGAGGACAAAUGGUAGUGCUGCAAUUUUCCAGCUAUGUUUACAAUGUAAAUAUAAUGGUAAAAGCCUGGAGUUGUCUUUAGACUCAGCCGGAAAGGGAAAUUUUUAACUGUCAUGCAAAGUCUAAGGCUCCGAUCCUGCAUUGGGAGCUGCAAAAGCAGACUUUGUGGCUGCGUAGAGCCCCACUGACUUCAGUCUACUCAUGGAUCCAAUCGCAGGAUUGGGGGAUUAAGUGUAUAAUGAACAUGGUAUUACUCUAUUCUAAAGCAUGUCUUUAAUAUUACAUGAUACAAUGGAAUGAUGGGAUUAAUUUGUAUGCAGAUGUGUGAUGUGAGAGGAUUACUACUGGUAUCAAAAGUAGUUCAAUCAUGGGCUAGUAAGUUAAGGAAGCAAAGCUCUCUGAUUUGGAGGAGGAAAUGGGAAAGUGUAUCUAUUGACUUGUUCAAACAGUUAUUUAAUGAGCCAUAAACUUGUUUUUUGCUUUUGUUAAACACCAGAUCUAUUUAGAUUUAAUCCUACCCCCAUCUCCCAAAACUCUAUGCUGUAUGUCUUGCAUAGAAAUAAACAAGCUGGCACAAAACAGGACAUCAGUGGCCUGAUAGUCAAACAGGUUUGACCCUUGUGUCCUUAUGACCUUUACAAAAGUGUGAUGCACAUGUACUUAGGAAUCACUGUUAUGAAUUUUAAUAGCAUCUAUGUAGCUUCUCCUCUAUGGCCUCUUGUGACCGAGUGAGCUGCACUAUAGUUCGUUUGGAAAGUGUGAUUCGUGCUGUGUUUACCACACUUGUGAACUUUAAACUCCUUUGUCGCCUGUGUUUUUUUUUUUUUUUUAAUUUUUAAUAAGGGUGACUGAGGUUGCAGAGAAAUUAAUGUGUGCUGAGUCUGCAUAGCAAUCUAAGUAGGGUUGCCACAAUACAAUUUUUUUUUUUUUUUUUUAAAAGGGGUUGGGGGGUGGGGGGGGGAGAGAGUGAUGGGCUACAGAACUGACCAACUAAAAAACUUUAGCUGCAUUAUCUACUACUGGCAAACU